AUGGCUGCCGCAGUUAUUGUACCCAUGCCUACCUCAGCCUUGAAUACCUUGUCAACCCCCACAGCGGAUAUAGCCCUUGCCGAAGAUGUAUCGAGGCCUAGCAUUGUCUCAUUAUCGAGUCCCAAUCCUAUUCUCUAUCUUCCUCCCAUCCUGUCUUCUCUACCUGAGAAUACGCUAUCCGUUGAGGCGCCCGUGUACAUUCAGGGAUCGAACCCGCUCACAACCGACUCCCGUUUGCCUUCUAUUGAUACCGCUUCUCUGGCACUACACACCGAGCUGCAUCGUUUCCAUCCGAUAACCUCGGAUUACGCGAGUGUGCCCUAUGAUUUGGCUUUCAACUGGGAGGAUCUCCAUCUUCCAGAGUCCGCAGAAGGGGAGUGGUAUUGCGUGGUGUUUCGUAGCAAGCGGCGCGAAGGAAGUAAUAGCGGUCCGCUGUAUGAAGCGGAUCGAAAGGCUCACGAGGAAGCAGUUCAGAAUGGAGGCCUUCUGAUGUACUGGUACGGCACACCACAUCCCGAGACGGGUGCAAACCUGGCAACUUGCAUAUGGCAAUCGCGCGAUCAUGCCGCUGCAGCUAACCACCGGCCACACCAUGUCCGAGCUAUGCGUCUGGCUGCCGCAGCCUACGAGUACUACGUACUGGAGCGACACUGGCUGCGCAAAGCCAAGGGUGAAACACGCUUGAAAUUGGAGCCUUUCGUUGCUUUGCCUGCACAAUAA